GCAGGUUUUAUUGAGAGCAGAAGCGUUUGAGGCGGAUUCACGGACUGCUGAGGCACCAAAGCACGAAAGAUGACAUUUGCCAGUGAAAAGCUGUACAAUGGAUACCUGCGGCGGAGUAUGCCGACCAUUGUGACCAAGGUGAAAGUGAGAGAAAUAAUAAUCCAUCUGCCCUGCCUGACUGCUCACGACAGGGAAAACAUAGAGGCAAAAAGAGAAACUAAUGGGAACUUCGACAGCAUGGUGCUUCUUCUGGACUGCCUGAAGAGAAGAGAAAACUGGCCGGAGCAGUUCAUCGAGGCGCUUGAGGCGUGUGAGCACACAACUCUAGCAGCUGAGAUCAGAGCAGAAUACGACACUCUGAAGGGCACCAACAGUAAGUCAGAUUCCAACCCGAACUCCCCUCCAACGACUGUCAUCAGGGCACACGUCCACCCAGCACCAUCUGCCAGUCCUCUGUCCGUCCCAGAGAGCCAUGCAAACGGUCCGGCUGCUGCUGCUCCGCUGGCUGAAGCGUCAGCUCCUCCAGAUCCAGCCGCCCAGGCCUCACCGCCUCCGGAAACCCCGGUGCAGCCGCAAGCUCCUGAGGCUGUUCCUCCACCUGAGCCGGUCCCUGAGCCUCCACUGUCCGGUCAGGUUGAAGUGGAAGAAGCCCGCCCAUCAACACCUCCUAAAUCGCCUCAGAGGGAGAUUAACAUUCAACAGGAGCCGGAGGAAAACUCUGAAUCAGACAUCCAGGUGAUCUCCGGUGAUAAUGGUGUGAUUCCUGAUCAAGAGAGCGUAGAAAACAGCGAGGUAUCCAUCGACCAUGAGGACGCUCCUCAGCCACCCCGUCCUGUUGAGCAGUGUGAGACAGACACUCCAACCCGCCCGGAUCCUCUCCAAACAACAACAACAACAACCACCACCGCAGAGAUAGACUCGGAUGUCACCGAUGGAUCCUCUUUCCCCGCGAUGACCCCAGAGAAGCCUCCAGUCCAGGACACCACCCCUCUUGUGGACCUAAAACCUGCUGCUGUCCUGCAGCCUGAGGAGACAUCUGAGCCUCCUGCCACACGGGUUGUUGAAAGCAGCCCGCCCACAGAUUCUACAGCUACAACCUACCCCCUGCCGGCUGUUGCUGCGAUAGACUUCUCUCUCUGUGAUGACAGCGAUGUGUGUCUGAGCAAGCCGGGCCAACUCGUCAGCAUCUACCCACAAAACAAUGUCAGCCCCAAUAUCUCUGAACCCAUCGCUCCGGUGCAGCCUUUCUCAGGUGACAGUGAUCGUCUUGAAAUAAGCGACGGUGCACCGGACACUGUGACCUUCGCCCAACCUCCUGCAUGCUCUGCUCUCAGCUCCACCACUGUGAGUACAGCGUCGGCGCUGCCAUGCCAGGAGAACGGCGUUGCUGUUAACCAUAACGAACCGGAGGAAAACCACUAUGAGUCGCCUUGUCAUGGUUCGGAGAUGGAGGAGGUGAUGACGCAUGUGGUGCAUGUAUCCGAGGAGCCGUCUAUCCUCGACCUAGACGGCCAGAGCUUGACACCACAAGCUCAAAUCGUCAACGGCGAAGCAGCCAAGGAGAUCACCUCUGCACCGCCGCUUUCCACCAACACUGUUGACACUGUUUUGAGUGUAAACACCACCUCCAGGGAGGACUUCCACCCCUCUGAGCCCGCACCCGCUGAUAGUUCACCAGAGUUGAAGACGCUGCAGGAUUCGGAGAAGGAAACGGCCUCUUGCAUCGUGCCAGCUAAUGCAAAGUACAUUCUGACCGCUGCAGGAGUGGGCGCCUGUGCACUGCUGCUGGCGUGGAGGUUUAGGAAUUAAGGUGAUUUAAUACCUUUUUUAAAGGGGGAGAAGAUAAGGCUGUUAAAAAAAUGGAUCUUAAGGUUAUGGUGCCUUAUUGUAGUCACUGGAAAGGCGAGAGACAGCUGGUUAAUAAUUACCUAGAGUAAUAAUAGCUGAUUUGCCAGACCUUUGAUCAUGUCAUUAAUUACAAGUAUGUUGUUAAGUCAGACUAUAUUUUAUCAUUUUUAAUGUUGAAUUAAAUUUGCCCUAGUGAGCCAAAACCAAACCUACCCUUCUUAUUUCAAAUAUGGAACUUCAUGGAACUGGGGUUGAGAUCUCAGGUUAUUUAUGCACCUGCUGCAAACAUGUGGUAUGUAAAUAUACACAGAAGCUGUGUAUUAGUGAUAGAAAUGUUUGUAUGUUCACUUGUCUGAUAAGCACUUUCAAGAUAAGACUGUUGGCUGUCAUCCAGUAAAGAUUAGCGUACUAAGGAACCUGAAUUUUACUGGAUGUGCACUGUGGAGGAAAGAGUACCAGCAUCACACUCUCUAAAUCAUGGCUAGUGCACUGUCUGUAUUUAUUUGUACAUAUAUAUUUGCUCCAUAUAGGUAUUUUAAGAUAAACUGAUGUGUCAAAAACAUUCCCAAGCACUCAUGUCUCAAAGAAUCAGUCCGCUAGACUGCAUAAUUAAUUAACAUACUUUGAAAAUGUAUAUGGUCCAUAGUCUGUCCAAAACGUUUUAAAACCAUGGCUCUUCCUGUUUCUUUAUGAGAUUGUUAAUCAUGAGAUGUUGUGUAAGUAGCUUCAUAUUUAACUGGGUUUUUAAAUGGUCAUUUCUGUGGUUAUUGGUUAUUUCUUCUGUUUUUGAUGUUGAAAAAACACCAAAAACAUUUAAUCUGUGUAAACAUCACUUUAUUUCUUGCGCCACUUCACUGAGGCUGUCUGUGCUAUGGACAUCUUCUGGUGCAAAUGUUUAAGAUGGCAUUUUAUUUCUCCAUUGGAUUUGUUCUCCUUUUUAAAUAGAAGCAAGUUUGAGAAUUCAUGUUCUAUGAUGUGACAUUUUAUUGUAAAUAGCAUUGUCAAUGUAGGAAAUGUCCGAAAAAAACAAGGAUAUUUAAGCUGCAAAGAUGCUUUGUAUAUUAAAUGUAUUACCAUUAUGGAACACAUGUAAUUUGUAAACUCAGUUUAAGGUUUAUCAAAAUGUUAAGUCUCUAGCUAUAUAUUUGACAAUCAUAGAAACAAUAAAC